UCGCAAAAGUAAUCCAUAAAUAAAACAUUACUCUAAAAGUUAUUAUUAUUUUCUUAUGAUGUAAGUGGUCUGAAUUUCAACUAGGUACAUACGCACAAAAGCAGUUGUUGCAAAUUGGGUUAUUAGUCAGGCUCAUCUCCUCCUUAGUCGAAAAGAUAAGUGCAAUAGUGGCAAACAUGUAUACUAUUAUAUGUUCAUCAGUAAUACAUUAAAAGUUUGAUAUUACAUACACUUCUUUAACUAUUACUCCAAAAUUCAAAGAGGUAUUCUUUCGCUGCUCUGCUUCACUUUCUAAGUUAUUCAAAAAUGGUUUCAACUACUUCUCCUUCCCCUUCUAAGGUCCAGGAAGUAGAGUCGGAAAAAAAAUGGGAGGAAAAUGGCAGAAGCUCUCGCAACGCCAAAUGGUGGUACUCAACUUUCCAUACUGUGACAGCUAUGAUAGGUGCAGGUGUUCUCAGCCUUCCCUAUGCCAUGGCAUAUCUUGGAUGGGUUCCAGGGACCUUGAUGCUGUUGUUAUCUUGGAGCCUGACCUUAAACACAAUGUGGCAAAUGAUUCAGCUCCAUGAGUGUGUUCCUGGUACUCGAUUCGAUCGUUAUGUUGAUCUUGGUAAACAUGCUUUUGGACCAAAACUUGGACCCUGGAUUGUGCUCCCACAACAACUAAUUGUUCAAAUUGGGUGUGAUAUUGUAUACAUGGUCAUUGGAGGAAAGUGUCUAAAGAAAUUCAUAGAAAUUGCAUGCACUAAUUGCAGACAACUCAAACAAUCAUACUGGAUUUUGAUUUUUGGUGCCAUUCAUUUCUUUCUCUCUCAGCUUCCCAAUUUCAAUUCUGUUGCCUCGAUUUCUUUAGCAGCAGCUGCAAUGUCAUUGAGCUAUUCAACUAUAGCCUGGGUGGCUUGCUUGGCUAGAGGUCGAAUUGAAAACGUGAGCUAUGCAUACAAGCAAACAAGUACAAGUGAUUUAAUUUUCCGAGUGUUCAAUGCACUCGGUCAAAUUUCAUUUGCAUUUGCUGGUCAUGCAGUGGCACUUGAAAUUCAGGCUACAAUUCCAUCAACACCUGAAAAACCUUCAAAAAUACCUAUGUGGAAAGGUGCUAUUGGUGCCUAUAUCAUAAAUGCAAUAUGCUAUUUCCCAGUUGCACUUAUAGGAUAUUGGGCAUUUGGAAGGGAAGUUGAUGAUAAUGUGCUUAUGUCACUUGAAAAACCAGCAUGGCUCAUUGCCUCGGCUAACUUGAUGGUAUUCAUUCAUGUUGUUGGAAGUUAUCAAGUUUAUGCUAUGCCUGUCUUUGAUUUGAUCGAGAGAAUGAUGAUCAAAAGAUUGAAUUUCCCUUCAGGACUACCUCUCAGACUUGUUGCUAGAUCUGCUUAUGUUGCUUUUACACUUUUUAUUGGGGUUACGUUCCCUUUCUUCGGUGAUCUUCUUGGGUUCUUUGGUGGAUUUGGUUUUGCUCCCACUUCAUAUUUUCUUCCUAGUAUAAUGUGGCUAAUAAUCAAGAAACCAAAGAGAUUUAGCAUCAACUGGUUCAUCAAUUGGGUCAGAUGCUGCAAUAUACAUUGGUGUGUGCAUUAUGCUGGCUUCAACGGUCGGUGGCUUUAGGAAUAUCAUUGCUGAUGCCUCAACUUAUAGAUUCUACACCUAAUUAUCACCAUAUUAUAUGUCAUUGCAAUAUAUAAGUGUGUGUGGCACCUGCAAUUCAUAAAGUUAAUUAGGAAUUUAGGACGGACUAAUAAGCCUUUUUACUAUCCUUCCUUGUGGCACAUUUUAUAUUUUGUCAUGUUUACAAGUUAAGUAUUUGUGGAACCGCUUCGUUUUGUAAA